AUGGCUCGCCUGGCCUUGGUGGGGGUCGCACUCCUCCUGGGGGCCCCCCCUUGCUUGGGGGUGGCCACCCCGACCCCCUCCCCACCGCCUCCCCCGGCCAAUGACAGCGAUGCUAGCACGGGGGGCUGCCACGGCUCCAACCGCUGCCAGCCGGGGGUCCUGCUGCCCGUGUGGGAGCCCGACGACCCGUCUCUGGGUGACAAGGUGGCGCGGGCCGUUGUCUACUUUGUGGCCAUGGUCUACAUGUUCCUGGGCGUGUCCAUCAUCGCUGACCGCUUCAUGGCGUCCAUCGAGGUCAUCACGUCCAAGGAGAAGGAGAUCACCAUCACCAAGGCCAACGGUGAGACCAGUGUGGGCACUGUCCGCAUCUGGAAUGAGACUGUGUCCAACCUUACGCUCAUGGCUCUGGGCUCCUCGGCGCCUGAGAUCCUGCUGUCGGUCAUUGAGGUCUGUGGCCACAACUUCCAGGCAGGCGAGCUGGGCCCGGGCACCAUCGUGGGCAGCGCUGCCUUCAACAUGUUUGUGGUCAUUGCUGUGUGUGUCUAUGUCAUCCCGGCUGGUGAGAGCCGCAAGAUCAAGCACCUGAGAGUCUUCUUCGUCACUGCCUCCUGGAGUAUCUUCGCCUAUGUCUGGCUUUAUCUCAUCCUUGCCGUCUUUUCCCCGGGUGUGGUACAGGUGUGGGAGGCGCUGCUGACCCUGAUCUUCUUCCCGGUGUGCGUGGUGUUCGCCUGGAUGGCUGACAAGCGGCUGCUCUUCUACAAGUACGUGUACAAGCGCUACCGCACUGACCCGCGCAGCGGCAUCAUCAUUGGCGCCGAGGGCGACCCGCCGAAGAGCAUUGAGCUGGACGGCACGUUUGUGGGCGCCGCCGAGGGGCUGGGGGCCGAGCUGGGCGGCCUGGGCCCGUGUCCGGCCGAGGCGCGUGAGCUGGACGCCAGCCGCCGCGAGGUCAUCCAGAUCCUUAAGGACCUCAAGCAGAAACACCCGGACAAGGACCUGGAGCAACUGGUGGGCAUCGCCAACUACUACGCGCUGUUGCACCAGCAGAAGAGCCGCGCCUUCUACCGCAUCCAGGCCACCCGGCUGAUGACCGGCGCGGGCAACGUGCUGCGCAGACACGCGGCGGACGCUUCGCGCAGGGCCACCCCGGCCGAGGGCCCCGGCGAGGACGAGGACGACGGCGCCAGCCGCAUCUUCUUCGAGCCCAGCCUCUACCACUGCCUGGAGAACUGCGGCUCGGUGCUGCUCUCCGUCACCUGCCAGGGCGGUGAGGGCAACAGCACCUUCUAUGUGGACUACCGCACCGAGGACGGCUCGGCCAAGGCCGGCUCUGACUACGAAUACAGCGAGGGCACGCUGGUGUUUAAGCCAGGCGAGACCCUGAAGGAGCUGCGCAUCGGCAUCAUCGACGACGACAUCUUUGAGGAGGACGAGCACUUCUUCGUGCGGCUGCUGAACCUGCGCGUGGGAGACGCGCAAGGCAUGUUCGAGCCCGACGGCGGCGGACGGCCCAAGGGGCGGCUGGUGGCGCCGCAGCUGGCCACCGUCACCAUCCUGGACGACGACCACGCGGGCAUCUUCUCCUUCCAGGACCGCCUGCUGCACGUGAGCGAGUGCAUGGGCACCGUGGACGUGCGCGUGGUGCGCAGCUCGGGCGCGCGCGGCACCGUGCGCCUGCCCUACCGCACGGUGGACGGCACGGCACGAGGCGGCGGCGUCCACUACGAGGAUGCGUGCGGCGAGCUCGAGUUCGGCGACGACGAGACCAUGAAAACUCUUCAGGUGAAGAUAGUUGAUGACGAGGAAUAUGAGAAAAAGGAUAAUUUCUUCAUCGAGCUGGGCCAGCCCCAGUGGCUAAAGCGAGGGAUUUCAGCUCUGCUACUCAAUCAAGGUGACGGGGACAGGAAGCUGACAGCCGAGGAGGAGGAGGCGCGGAGGAUAGCAGAGAUGGGCAAGCCAGUUCUUGGGGAAAACUGUCGGCUGGAGGUCAUAAUCGAGGAGUCAUAUGAUUUUAAGAAUACGGUGGAUAAACUCAUCAAGAAGACGAACUUGGCUUUGGUGAUUGGGACCCAUUCGUGGAGGGAGCAGUUUUUAGAGGCAAUUACGGUGAGCGCAGGGGACGAGGAGGAGGAGGAAGAUGGGUCUCGGGAGGAGCGGCUGCCGUCCUGCUUUGACUACGUGAUGCACUUCCUGACGGUGUUCUGGAAGGUGCUGUUUGCCUGCGUGCCCCCCACCGAGUACUGCCAUGGCUGGGCCUGCUUUGGUGUCUGCAUCCUGGUCAUUGGCCUGCUCACCGCCCUCAUCGGGGACCUCGCCUCCCACUUUGGCUGCACUGUUGGCCUCAAGGACUCUGUCAACGCUGUUGUCUUCGUGGCCCUGGGCACCUCAAUCCCUGACACGUUCGCCAGCAAGGUGGCGGCGCUGCAGGACCAGUGCGCCGAUGCGUCCAUCGGCAACGUGACGGGCUCCAACGCGGUGAACGUGUUCCUGGGCCUGGGCGUGGCCUGGUCGGUGGCCGCCGUGUACUGGGCGGCGCAGGGCCGCUCGUUCGAGGUGCGCACGGGCACGCUGGCCUUCUCUGUCACGCUCUUCACCGUCUUCGCCUUCGUGGGCAUAGCUGUGCUGCUGUACCGCCGCCGGCCACACAUCGGCGGGGAGCUGGGUGGCCCCCGCGGCCCCAAGCUCGCCACCACCGCGCUCUUUCUAGGGCUUUGGUUCCUCUAUAUCCUCUUCGCUAGCCUGGAGGCCUACUGCCACAUCAGGGGCUUCUAG